AGUCGCUGUCGUGCCGCAUUCGGUCGCACUCGCGAGUGCCAUCUGACUAUCGCAAACGUCUCGCUUUACUAUAUGAUGAUGAAAUCGUGUCGGUGCCGGUACCCGUUGCCACAUCUGACAUUGUAUAGUGUCAAUGAUUUCAAAAUUAGUAUAAGAUUAUACAAAUUAUACAAAUUUUGUCGAUGAGGAUACGAUGACGGAAACUAAGUAGGUAACAAGAGACUAUCUACCUAGUAUACUUAUUAAUACCUCAAUUUUCGAAACUCAUAUAUUUUAUAUUGACCUGCUUGAAUUAUAUUACUACGUAGUGUACACUAUAACCCCAGAGAACUAACGAAGUACAUGUAAUAGAUUGUAAACAUUAAACAAACUGUGAUAGUGAAGUGCUACUUGGAAGUUCUGACGUAAUGCGUGGGUGUGCCGAGAGAUGGCGUUCCUCAGGCAGCUGCCUACGUUGGACUGCCGUAAGAUCGAGUGGAAGGUGGAGGUCGGAGAUCUUCCCGAAUACACCUUCGCGCCCUAUGAAAAACACUUAAGCCACAGCAAAUACGAGCGCGAGGACGUGCAGAAGAAGACUUUUGCCAAGUGGAUCAACUCGCAGCUGGUGAAGAACAACAAGCCGCCGGUGCAAGACCUGGUGCAGGAGCUGCGCGAUGGCGAGGUGCUACUGGCGCUGCUGGAGAUCCUGACCGCCCAGCGUUACAGGCGGGAGCGCGGGCGCAUGCGCGUGCACCAGCUGAACAACGUGAACGCGGCGCUGCGCGCGCUGGAGGCGGCCGGCGUGCGCCUCGUCAACAUCAGCGGCGCCGACAUCGUGGACGGCAACGCCAAGCUCAUCCUUGGACUGGUGUGGAGCAUCAUCCUACACUGGCAGGUGCACUGCCACCUGCGCGAGCUGCUGCCGGAUGUGCAGCAGAGCAAUCUGGAGAAGACGCUGCUGGCCUGGUGCCGCGCCCAUACGCAGAACUACGCGGGCGUGGACAUCCGCGACUUCACGCGGUCGUGGCGCGACGGGCUGGCGCUGAACGCGCUGCUGCAUCGCUGGCGGCCGCAGCUGUUCGACUACGCGGCCGUGCUGCGCGCCGAGCCGCGCGCGCGUCUCGACCACGCCUUCCGCCUCGCGCACGCGCACCUCGGCAUCGCGCGCCUGCUCGACCCCGAGGAUGUGAACACGGAGCACCCGGACAAGAAGUCCAUCAUGAUGUACGUCAUGUGCCUGUUCCAGUCGCUGCCGCACUCGCGCGACGACUUGCGCGACGACGCGUGCGAGGACAUGCGUGACGACAUGCGCGACCCCGAACACGCGCCGGAGGCGCCGGCGUCGCGGCCGCUGUCCUCGGCGACGACGGCCUCGGAGCUGGGCGGGUACGGCGCCGCGUUGGAGGAGGCGCUGGCCUGGCUGCUGGAGGCGGAGGAGCGGCUGGCGGCGCGCCCGCUGCCCGACACGUCGCCACACGCGCCCGACCACGCCCCGGACCACGCCCCGGACCACGCCGACCUCGCGCUGCUCAAGGAACAUUUCCACGCCCACGAGCGGUUCCUGCUGGAGCUGUCGGAGCAGCAGUGCCGGGUGGGCGGCGUGCUGGAGGAGGGCGCGCGUCUGCUGCGGGACGCCGCGCUCUCCCGGGACGAGGCCAACGAGGUGCGGCUGCAGAUGCGGCUGCUGAACGAACGCUGGGAGCAGCUGCGACAGGCCGCCAUGCGCCGCCAGGCCGCCGGCCACGCCGCGCUCAUGCGCGCUCAGCAACACCACCUGCAGCGCUUCCGGCAGUGGCUGACGGAGACGGAGGACCGCAUGUCGCGCAUGGAGGCGGAGGCGGAGGGCGAAGGCGAGGGCGGGAGCGAGGCGGCGCUGCGGGCGGCGCGCGAGCUGCACGCCGAGCUGCGCCGCCAGCAGCCGCUGGUGGACGCGCUGGCGGACUGCGUGGUGGUGGUGGACGACGAGAUGGAAGCCAAUCCUGUGAGCGAGGUCGGCGAGGUGCUGCUCAGGAUCCAGGAGCUGCAGCACGUUAAGAGAGCUCUGCGUCUGGAGCGCCGCACCGUCGCCGACAUACUGCAGGACGCCGCGCCCACGGCGCCCACAGUGCCCACCGCGGGCCCCGAGCCCUCCGAGCCCGAGCCCGCGCUGGCCGAGGAGGCGGAGGCGCAGCUCGACCGACUCGACGCGCUGCUGCUCAUACUGGAUGUCCAGGCCACGCGGAUACGGGAGCUAGGUUUCGAGUUCGACAUCGACAUCGACACGGGCGAGGAGACGAGCGAGUCGCCCACGCAGCCGCAGACGGAGGCGGAGGUGGAGGUGAUGGUGGAGGCGGAGGCGGAGGAGGCGGCCGAGCGCGCCCACACGGCCAGCAAGAAGCCGCGGCUGGCGGGCGAGGGCGCGCGCGACUUCCAGGCCGGCUACCGCGCCUUCGACGCGUGGGCGCGCGAUACGCUGCACCAGCUGCACCAGUGCGAGAGCGCGCUGGAGGAGUGCUCGGGGGUGCAGUGGGCGGAGUGGGCGCAGUGGGCGGAGCGGGCGGGCGCGCUGAGCGAGCGGGCGCGCCGGCAGGCGGAGGAGCGGCGCCAGGAGCUCGCGCACGUGCAGGAGAUCCAGCGCCGCCUGGCCGCCGAGCCCGCGCUGCAAGAUGAGGCGCAGCGGCACGCCGAGAGCAUAGCGGAGCUGCAGCGCGGCUUGGAGGAGGUGAGCGGGCGCGCGGCGCGACUGGAGGGCGCGCUGGAGGCGCUGCGGGAUGCGCGCGAAUUCGCCGAGGGCGCGGCGAGCCUGCGCGUGCAGCUCGAGGAGACGCGCGAGUGGGGGCGGCGCGUGCAGGCCGACCGGCCCUCCCACAACCGGCUGAUACAUCUGCGCAACCGGCUGCGCGCGCUGCGCCAGCUGGAGCCGCGCCUCGAGGAGCUCGCCGUGCGCGCCUGCGCCCUUUCGACUAAGGGGCUGCCGCAGCGGCUCAGAGACGACGUCGAGAACGAGACGAAGCGAACGAAGGAGGAGUUCGGCGAGAUCCUCGCGCAUCUGACGGAGAAGGAAGCCGAGAUGAAGGCGGGCUUGGGGCGGCGCGCUCAGGGGCGGGGCCGGCACGAGGAGGAGUUCCGCGCGCUACAGGCCCAGGUCGCGGACCUGGAGGCGCAGAUCCUGGCCGAGCACGCCGACCCGUCGAUGCCGGAGGAGACCGAGGCCAAAAUUCAACAUCUAAAGCGGGUGCAGACGCGAUUCGAGGAGUUGCAAUCGACGUACGACGCGGUGGUGCGGGAGAGGCGAGAGAAGUACGAUUCGGGCAGCGUGCCCGACUUGAACCUCGCGAGCAGCGUGGAAAAUCUGGUCACCAAGGUCGGUGACUGCAAAACUAUUUUGCAGCAGAAGAUAGAUAAACUGGAGAAAGGCGCAGCGCGGCUGGCGGGGCUGCGGGAGGCGCUGGGCGCGGCGGGCGAGCGGCUGGCGGCGGCUGAGCGGCUGCGGACUCAGGCGGCGGGCGCGCUGCCCGGCGACCUGGCCGAGCUGCGGGAGCUGCUCGAGCGCGCGCAGGUGACGCAUUACUGA